AUGCCAGCCAUUGUUAUUGAACGUCCAAAUUUACCAACAGAAAUGCGUGAUGCAUUGAAAAAACAUAUUUUACGUGAAAGACAAAGAAAAAAAGAAGAAGCUGAUGCAAAUGAAGCCGAUAAACAAAGAAGAC